AUGUCUGGACUCUUCAGCUCAAGUGAGAAAUCCGCUGUUCCUGAGCAAGCACCUACCCAACCCGCUCAAACCGAGAAGCCCAAGCCUUGCUGUGUCUGCAAACCCCAGAAGACCUCCCGUGAUGACUGCAUGCUGUUCUCCAAGUCCGACAAUCCCGAACAAGAGUGCAAGUCUACAAUUGAGCAGUACAAAGCGUGCAUGGCUGGAUAUGGCUUCAAAGUCUAG